CUUAAAUAUCACUACCAGAGGUGUGGCAUUGAAUUUAAAUUCAUGUGGAAAUGCAAAAUAUGUGGCUUUGAAGCGAUUAAAGGCAACAAAAUUAUUGUACACCAUAUUUGGAACAACCAUAAGGAAUUGGUUCCAGAGUUGCCAUUAGAUCUCUUGGAGUUUGUAUCAAGUCUUACACUCUCUAAUAUAAGCGCCAAUACUAAUGGACAGAAACAAGAUGUCAAACGAAUUGAGACCGGAAAUUGUGCGCUUGAAUUUCAUCAACGAUUCUACAAACGAAAAGCGUUUCCAAAGUUAGUCCCAACUCUUCAGUCUUGGAUUCCAUUGACCGAAGAUGAAUUGAGUGCCUAUAUGUCAAACCCGGAGCCGUCUCCUUAUUUUAAAUGCACGCUCAGCGCAGACACGUCUUGGAAGCGAUUGAAUCUAUUUGACUCAUUCUCAUCGGAACAACACAUCACAUUCUUCGUGGGCGGACCCGUUUGGUCGAGCGCCUGGUGUCCCGUCUCACACAAAACCCACUCAAAUGAUCAGUAUUUGGCGAUCGCGUCGAACAUGAAUUGGGAGACAACACAUACAUUGAACGAUACAGAGAUCGAGAGCGGACUCAUUCAGAUCUGGAAUGUCGGACAACUGGACAAAGUGUUUGACAAAUCAAUUGCGCCCCGACUGGCCUUCAGUAUCGCUCACUGUUGCGGAAUAGUUUGGGAUAUGGAGUGGUGUCCGGGCGGUACUGCUUUCGAUGAUAUACUGUCCUAUAAGAAGCCGAAAAACUCACAAACAAUGGUUCGUUUGGGACUAUUGGCCAUCGCGUGCGGCGAUGGCUUUGUGCGCAUCCAUAGUGUGCCAUAUCCUGAAGCGCUGAAUAAGUCAUACGAUAAUACAGUCUAUUAUAACGAACCGAUUGUCAUAUUA